AUUGGAGGCCGUCAGUGUGGUGUUCGAGAUACUUCUUCUAAGCUCUCUGAAUUUUACUCAUAGUCAGGAUCUUGCGAUGCUGUCUUGUAGUCUUGUUGAUGUCACAGUUACUAGUCCAAGUUUUGUUGAUAUGGAAAUGUUUGACUUAUGGGUCCAUGGCCGAACUAUUUCUCAGGCUUGCUCAAUUAUGGCCCAAUCACCUUCAGUAGAUGAGUAUGGUAUGACAAAUGAUAUGUUGGCUGCACACGUCAGGGACCACUUCGCCCAGUUCACACUUUUGGAAUCAGGUUUGCGACAUCCAAAUUCUUUCAUGCAAGAUUGUGCAUAUCAUCAACUUACACCGGAAACUCGCAAGCAGUUAAUUCACUUGAGAUUGUCAAAUAAAUCUCGACGAGAAUUAGCUGAUAUUGCAGAAAGAUGUGAACUUCAACUGAGGAGUUGUAAAAGACAAUUUGAUAAUUUGUCGUGUGUUGCUCGCCGUACUGAAGACUUACCUGGUCCACUAACGGAUAAUAUAAAGAAUUGUUUUCUUCUACCAGAAUGGCUUGCUGAAUGUUAUGCCGCUGUUAUAUUUAUCACAAGUAACAGAUUCGAAACGUCUAAAAAGUGUCUUUCGUACCUUACUUUUGAGAAUUUGGCAUAUUGUGCAAGUCAACUAAUGACUCAUUGGUCAACUAGUAGUAAAGGUAGGUAUAAAUUUGCUUUCAUUUCUUGAUGAGUUGUAAUUUUGUCCACUUUUUCAGUGUAUAACAAAUGAGGAGCUUAUGAUUUAUUCUGGUUAGGAUGUAAAUUACAAUUCUAAGACUAUUGACCCACCAACUAGGUACUGAUUCGUAUACCUGGUGGGUAGCUAGAUUCUAAGUUUUCGGGCUUGUAAUGCUACCCGGUUGUUCAAAUCACAGUAGGCAAACAGCGUUCCGCGAAUUGAUGACUAAAAGGAAGGAUGGGUUUGGAAAAGGUCGACUCUAAAUAUGUUACACCUCACCUUACCUCAGGGAUUUCCGUCUCCGGUGCUAAGGCCUUUUAAACAAGGGCGGAGCCAACACCUUAAAAACUUCUCAUAAACAGGCCGUGCAUUUUGUCAGCCUAUUCACCAAGUAGAACUAUGUCAUCAGUGUACUCUAAGUCAACAAGCGAGUCUCCUGGUAGAAGGUUCACUUCUGAAAAGUGAGAAAAAAGAUAAUGUUAUCUCUAAAAGCAUGUCUGUGACAAAGUUAAACAAGAAUUGAAAGAAUGGACAUCCCUAACGGACACCACUUGAAGAAAAGAAGGCCGAUGAUAGUUCGCCGUAAGCUCUGACUCGACCAGUAGUAUUCGAAUAGAGAGCUUGUAUGAGGUUAGUGUAUUUCUCUGGUACACCUUUCAAUGUAAGACACUGCCAUAGAUCCUCUCUUCCUCAUGUUUAGAUCCAGGUGGGGUAAGUUUCCGAGCUUACAUCAGUUCGGUAGAUGCUACUGAAAUCUACGGCUUCCUUCUAAACUUACGGUUUACCUUACUAGCAGAUAUCACUGUUGUUUCCACAGCGUUUUGGAUAUCGAUUGAAGCUGCCUCAGGGUGGGAACCAUUCACUAAAUGUCUGCUUAACUGUUUUUCUAAUUGUUGCCGAAAUAUAUUGUUAGCUAUGCUAUAAUUAAGUAGAGUCAGUCAGUUACAACGUAGAACACUGAAAGGUUUGCUUGCGGUUUCUUUCGUACGUCCAUUAGGUCGCAGACAAAUACGCGCUCGUACUAGAGCAUGGUCUGAAUCAUAACAAUGCCCUAGAACGAGCGACAGUCUUCUAUUGAACUCCUUCAUCGGUGGCUGUUAACGAUGUGAUCUAGUUAGGUCCAUCAUUGGGUCAUCUUUGGGUGUCGCCAGGUCAGGAGAUGUUUCUUCUUAUGCUUGAAUUUAGUGUUUGCUAGAAAUAAGCGGUUGUCUGAGCAUAGUUGCAGCAGAUGGUCGACAUUAUCCGAUCUUU